AUGCUAGUUAUCCAAACUGCCAAAAGGGCUUUUCUAGGGCUACAAUAUUCAAGAUCGGUCAUGGCUAGACAGUAUCAUGAGAAUGUAGUAGACCAUUAUGAGAACCCUCGGAACGUUGGAUCGUUCUAUAAAAAUGAUCCCAAAGUUGGUACACGAUUAGUGGGAGCUCCAGCUGCAUGUGGAGACGUGAUGAAGCUCCAUAUCAUCGAUGCUCGAUUCAAGACUUUUGGUUGUGGCUCAGCUAUUGCCUCUUCUUCCCUCGCUAUGAAAUGGGUUAAAGGCAAAACGAUGGGCCAAGUCUUCACCAUCGAGAAUACCGAAACAGCAAAGCAUCUAUCGUUGCCACCUGUAAAACUUCAUUGCAGUAUGCUUGCAGAAGAUGCUAUCAAAGUAGCAGUUAAAGACUACAUGGUUAAGCGUGCGAAUAUGCAUGCACAAACCUAA